AUGGCUGCCAUCAUCGCGCUAGCUGGCGGCAUUGCUGCAUGGACAUUGUCACUAGCCAGUGCUUCGCAAGGCCUCACUAACUAUGAAGUGAAUUUUGAGAGCGAACUGUUGGCAUCUCUAUCAAGUCCAGAACAGCUGUGCUCUCCCGGUUCAGCAUGCUACGAAAACGCAACAACGAGAUGGUUAUCAGAUUGGGGCAUUCCACACUUCGACAUCAUCGUCCGACCAACUACGCAAGAGGAUGUAGAAUCCGCAAUCCGAGUGGCGAACAAGUACAACAAACCUUUCCUCGCCAUCUCCGGAGGUCACGGUGCUACCUUGACGCUCUCGAAACUUGAGAAUGGGGUAGGAAUCUGGAUGGACGCACUCAAAAACGUGACGAUCAAUGGAUCCACGGCACGGAUUGGAGGAGGCAUCACCAGCGGUGAACUUCGUGAUGAGCUUGCAAAGCUUGGUAAACAGUCGACUACGGGAGGAUGUGACUGUACGGGAGCUGUUGCUCCGAUGCUUGGAGGAGGUCAUGGAUGGCUGCAAGGAAGGUAUGGCUUAAUGGCCGACAACCUGAUUUCUGCCAAUCUGGUACUUGCAAAUGGAAGCUGUGUUACGGUGUCGAAGAGCAGCCACCCGGAACUUUUCUGGGCGCUUCGUGGCGCUGGACAUAACUUUGGCAUUGUGGUCGACUUUGAGUAUCGCAUCUAUGAUAUCACGGAGGAGAAUGCCGCUUGGUCAUAUGAGAAGCUGUACUACUCGCUUGACAGGCUGGAAGAUGUCUUGGACGUCGUUAAUGGCAUGAUUGGUACGAUCGAUGAGCCUGCUCCGGUAGAGCUGAUUGUCUUUGGGCUCGUGGGAAGAAACCCAAGCGUAGCACGUGGAGAGUUGACCCUGGUGAUAUACUUAAUAUGGCAGGGCGCAGCUAUACCCGCAGCUUUUGCCGAACCUUUCAACGCUAUACCUACACUGAGCAUCGUCGCAGAAACAACUGAUCUUCCAGGCGUAACUGCGCUCCUGGGUUGGACCAACGAUGACGGUCCAUGUAACACGAAUAGCCCGACACUACAACGCUUCCCAGUAGCGUUGAAGACAUACCCGAUCCCCGGGAUCCGUGCUGCUGUAGACCUCCUCGAUUCAAUGCCAGUGGAAUUCAACAAUUCGGCCCUGAUACUUGAAGGCUAUAGUACAAAUGCCGUACAGGCAGUGCCCAAGGAGAAUACCGCUUACCCGGAUCGACUCAACAACCUGCUCAUCGCUCCAUUCAUACGGCAUGCGGCGAACGAUGCAGAGCUUGAGAAAUUUGGCUCAGACUAUGGUAACGAGAUGAGGCAGUUGAUCGUCGAUGCUAGCGGACAGGGAUUGAAUGCAUAUGCCAACUACGCCCAUGGAUCCGAGACGCAGCAGAAAUUGUACGGACAUGAGACAUGGAGAUUGGAGAAAUUGCGAAAAUUGAAGAGGGAGUGGGAUCCUGAGAAUCGGUUUGGUUGGUAUCUCGCUAUUGAGAUUUAG